GCGACCAUGGCAGCCGAGGAGGAGCCCAUGGACUCGGUUGACCCCGGCGAGAGGUCAGGAUGGCUAACUGGUUGGCUUCCCACAUGGUGCCCAACAUCUACAUCACACCUGAAAGAAGCUGAAGAAAAAAUUUUAAAAUGUGUUCCCUGCUCAUACAAAAAAGAACCUGUUCAAAUAUCUAAUGGAAAUAAAAUAUGGACACUGAAAUUAUCUCACGAUAUUCCAAACAAGACACCACUAGUCCUCAUCCACGGUUUUGGAGGAGGCCUUGGACUCUGGGCACUGAACUUUGAAGAGCUUUGCACCAACAGGCCUGUCUAUGCAUUUGACCUGUUGGGUUUUGGACGGAGUAGUAGACCCAGGUUUGACAGUGAUGCAGAAGAAGUGGAGAAUCAGUUUGUGGAGUCCAUUGAAGAGUGGAGAUGUGCUCUGGGGUUAGACAAAGUGAUCUUGCUCGGACACAACCUAGGUGGGUUCCUGGCUGCUGCUUACGCACUGAAGUAUCCAUGCAGGGUUAAUCAUCUCAUUUUAGUGGAGCCUUGGGGUUUUCCUGAGAGACCUGACUUUGCUGAUCAAGACAGACCAAUUCCCGUUUGGAUCAGAGCCUUGGGAGCAGUGUUGACCCCCUUUAACCCUUUAGCUGGGCUCAGAAUUGCAGGACCCUUCGGUUUAAGUUUAGUGCAACGUUUAAGACCUGAUUUCAAACGGAAGUAUUCGUCAAUGUUUGAAGAUGAAACUGUGACCGAAUACAUCUACCACUGUAACGUCCAGACUCCAAGUGGGGAGUCCGCUUUCAAGAACAUGACUAUUCCUUAUGGCUGGGCAAAGAGGCCAAUGCUCCAGAGAAUUGGCAAAAUGCACGCCGACAUUCCCAUUUCGGUGAUCUUCGGCGCUCGGUCCUGCAUCGACGGCAACUCUGGCACCAGCAUCCAGUCGUUACGACCACAUUCCUAUGUGAAGACCAUAGCCAUCCUUGGAGCGGGACAUUACGUGUAUGCAGACCAACCGGAAGAGUUCAACGAGAAGGUCAAGGAGAUCUGUGACACAGUGGACUGA